CUUAAUUUGCACCUCACUUCCAACAGUUCCAAAAUAUGGGAUCCCAAGAUCAUCUAGCACGAGGCUGCAGGGUCCAGCAACCGUGUGCCGCUUGCAGAAUGCUCCGCCGGAAAUGUGAUAGGAAUUGCUUGCUUGCGCCAUACUUUCCCUGUGAUGAAAUGGACAAGUUUGCUGGCGUGCAUAAAGUGUUUGGUGCAAGCAAUGUUAUCAAAAUGAUUCAGAUGGUGGAUGAGACAUGCAGGGAUGAUGCUGUUAAAGCAAUAGUCUACGAAGCAAUGGCAAGGCUGAGAGACCCUGUUUAUGGCAGUGUUGGACCCAUUUUUCAUUUGCAAAAGAUGGUUCAGGAACUCAAAGCGCAGCUUGAAUCCGUUAGAGCUCAAAUUUUAGAGUCGCAGCAACAAAGAGACCAGAUGUUGGGCAUUCUUAUGAACGUUCAUCACGCCGAUCUUCUCUCUUCCAUUGAUAAUCCAGUUUUUGAUGUUGAUGGUUUCGCCUUAGGCGCUGAUGAUCAUACCAAUAUGGGAUUUGAUCCUGUUGUAUUUCCGCCAGAAUAUGACUGGGAUUUGUGAGGAGAAUAUUAAUAAAUGUUAAUUAAAGCAAUAUUCUCCAGGCCAGGGACAGAUGUGGUUUGUGUAUACAUGCAGUUAGGAUAAAGGUGGAUAAAACUAGUACUGUAUCAGAAAAUUAUAGGUCAAACAAACAUAUUAUAAAGAUAUAAUCUUUAGGUUAAAAAAGGAGUGUUACAUUUCUACACAUGAUGUUCGGUUUGGAAAUAACCUAGCUAGUCCAGUUGUUGUACUACACAUGUACAUGUAAUAAGAGAUGUAAUUGGCUUUGAUUUCUUGUUAGGCACCAUGAUUAUCAACUAAUUAAUUGCAGCUAGCAAGCAUUA